AGGUUGGAUCCCGAGUCGCACAGGUGGCGCUGAGGACCGUGGUUUAAAUAUGCCCAGGGCUCGCCUUCUCUUCCUAUAGAGAAGGCCCCUGUUCCAAAGAUGCCCUGCUCAUCCCCAUCACGCUGGUCCCCUCAAGAACGAGCCCCCAAGGCCAGAGGCUGCUCUCUCCACACUUAGCCCGCCCCCUGGUCCCUGAAUAAGCUCAGACUCCCUCCUUCUCGCCUGAUGAGGGAAUCAUACAGUUUGGGGGAAGGAAGAGCGUCCCCUUUUAGCUGUCCCGUUUUAGAGCGGGGUGGUCAUUCUUUGGGUUCGAGCCGACUUGUUUUUCUUGAAUGUUGCCCCUUGGAGAAAUUGCUUCCCAGUGUAACUUCCCUCGUGCGCUGUAUGACGUCGACGUGACGCAGCAGGACGCCACCCCUUUCCGUUCCAUGACUGGUGAUUUGCAAGUCAAGCUAAAAUGUCUCCGGAAGUGGCCUUGAACCGAAUUUCUCCAAUGCUCUCCCCUUUCAUAUCUAGCGUGGUCCGCAAUGGGAAAGUGGGACUGGAUGCUACAAACUGUUUGAGGAUAACUGACUUGAAAUCAGGCUGCACGUCAUUGACUCCUGGACCCAACUGUGACCGAUUUAAAUUGCACAUACCAUAUGCUGGAGAGACAUUAAAAUGGGAUAUCAUUUUCAAUGCCCAGUACCCAGAGCUGCCUCCCGACUUUAUCUUUGGAGAAGAUGCUGAGUUCCUGCCAGACCCCUCGGCUCUGCAUAACCUUGCCUCCUGGAAUCCAUCAAAUCCUGAAUGUCUCUUACUUGUGGUGAAGGAACUUGUGCAACAAUAUCACCAAUUUCAAUGCAGCCGCCUCCGUGAGAGUUCCCGCCUCAUGUUUGAAUACCAGACGUUACUGGAAGAUCCGCAGUAUGGAGAGAACAUGGAAAUUUAUGCCGGGAAAAAAAACAACUGGACUGGUGAAUUUUCAGCUCGUUUCCUUUUGAAGUUGCCGGUGGAUUUCAGCAAUAUUCCCACAUACCUGCUCAAGGAUGUGAAUGAAGACCCGGGAGAAGAUGUGGCCCUCCUUUCUGUCAGUUUUGAGGACACUGAAGCCACUCAGGUGUAUCCUAAGCUGUACUUGUCACCCCGAAUUGAACAUGCGCUUGGCGGCUCCUCAGCUCUUCAUAUCCCAGCUUUUCCAGGAGGAGGAUGUCUCAUUGAUUAUGUUCCUCAAGUGUGCCACCUGCUCACCAACAAGGUGCAGUAUGUGAUUCAAGGAUAUCACAAAAGAAGAGAGUAUAUUGCUGCUUUUCUCAGUCACUUUGGCACGGGUGUCGUGGAAUAUGAUGCAGAAGGCUUUACAAAACUCACUCUGUUGCUGAUGUGGAAAGAUUUUUGUUUUCUUGUACACAUUGACCUGCCCCUCUUUUUUCCUCGAGACCAGCCGACUCUCACAUUCCAGUCCGUCUAUCACUUUACCAACAGUGGACAGCUUUAUUCCCAGGCCCAGAAAAAUUAUCCAUACAGCCCCAGAUGGGAUGGAAAUGAAAUGGCCAAAAGAGCAAAGGCUUAUUUCAAAACCUUUGUCCCUCAGUUCCAGGAGGCAGCGUUUGCCAAUGGAAAGCUCUAGGAAACACCAGUCUUGAGAGGUGGCCAGCCAGACUGCUCUGUCCACAUGCGUGUCAGCACAUAUGGCCGCUUCCUGGAAGCCAUUGGAAUGUCUUCACGGCAGCAUUUCGCUCACACAGCAGCUUUGCGCCCCGACUGGAACCCAAACUUGAGCUGGCUGGCGGGAACCUGGGUCCCAGAGCCCCUCACCUCUGGUUGCUCCCUCUUUGUUUCCUUCAGUAUACUUCUUAGUUGGAAGAAAUAAAGUCACAAAUCAG